AUGUCGUCUCCGGCGGAAGCUAUAACGAAAGAGAAGGUGUCGGGAGAGGAGGUUGAGGAGAAGCGGGAGGAGAAGGUCGACUCGAGUGUAGUGCCGGAAGAAAAGGCCGCAGUGGUGGAAGGGGAGACCGCGAAGUCUAAUGGAGAGAAUAGUGAAGAGAAUCAUAAAUUGCAGCAUGAGUGGAGCCUGUGGGUGAUGUCACAGCAAGGAAGAUCGGUCAAGGACCAUUGGCAGCAGAAUCAGCAGAAGGCUAUCGAUUUUGGAAGCAUCGAGGAGUUCUGGAGAAUAUCCAACAACAUGCACAAGCCGAGCAAGCUCGUGCAUGCGGAUUACAGUGUGUUCAAGUCUGGUGUGAGCCCUGCCUGGGAGGACCCUAUGUGCACUGAGGGCGGCAGGUGGAUUGUGAAGGCCGAGAAGCAGAAGGUUAUAGACGAUAUUUGGACUGAUGUUGUUCUGUCGGUGAUCGGGGAGAGCUACUACCCCCUCAUCAACGAAGACAUCGUUUGCGGUGUCGUCUGCAGUGUCAGGAGAGGGGGUGUUAAGAUUGCCUUAUGGCUGUCGUCUCGGGAAGAGAAGUUGGUCAAACCGUUGGGACUCAGAUUCAAGCGCAUCGUUCAAUCCCUCGCCCCCGAUGAUGCCGAUCGGUUCACCAUCGGUUUUGAAGGUUUCGCCAACCCCGGUGACGAGAUGUACACCGUGGACAUGAACGAUCAUUUUGAAUCGGACCACAAAGUCGUUGAUGCCUCCACUACCAAGAAGGGUAAUGCUGCUCAGCAACGACCUGCUACUACUACUACGACUACGGAGGAGGAGGAGGAGGCGAAGAAGGAAGAAGGGGCGACCACUACGCCGGCCGAGGGCUCGCCGUCCAAGUAGGAGAUCUGAGGCUCGGUGUU